GGCUCUAAGAGCCGUUUCGUUCGCCACCGACACAUCACUAAGAAGAAGAAUUAGAAGCGCUGGAUUGACCCUCUUGUUUUCUACUCGGACAGUUAAGCGUAGAAAGCAGAGCUAAAAACGGAGGAGCUCUUCUAGCAUUAAAACAAACAACCGCACUAAAGCAUUUAAAGCUAAGUUAGCAGUUUGACAGCUAGCCGAGCAGCGGAUACGAGCCGCGAGCCAACAUGGACUCUUGGGUUCGCUUUAAUGCCCAGAGCCAAGCCAAGGAGAGAGUUUUCAGGUGACGUUACUGACGUUUGGCACGUUGCUGGUUGAGACGCGGGGUUCGUCGAGCUUGUUCAUUUCUGCUAAUGUGAUAAAACCGUCGGCUGGAUGUUGCAGACUGAGUUCCGUGUUUGAAGCGGAACUUUUAUCUGCUCAGUAGGAGCAGCUCUUCCUGCGCUGGUUUCAAAUGAAGCGGCCUUAUGAUGCCAGCUGCACAGAGUAGGCUGCACAGUAUGCUUGCGCGCUGCUCGGAUCCACUCUGCAAAAUGACGAAGCAGCUGAGAUCCGCAGAACUGUCAGUCAGCUGGAGGCACACAUGAGUCUGACAAGAAAGUUGCUACGCCUGGGCAACUCCGUGGAGGCCCUGGAGGCCGCCAAAAGGGCCAUACACCUCUCUGACAGCGUGCUGCGGCUGUGCCUGACCAUCAGUCACCUUAACAGAGCCAUGUACUUUGCCUGCGACAAUGUGCUGUGGGCGGGAAAAACCGGUCUCAUCUCCAAACUCGACCAGCACAAGUGGAGUCAGAGAUCUUUCAGGUACUACCUCUUUGCUUUGAUCCUGAACCUGACCCGAGAUGCCUACGAGCUCCAUCUCCUCAUGGAGCGCGAAGCACGUUCCACAACCAGCAAACAGCCUUCCUCCCCCAGCAUUCCUCUGCCACCUGACCACCUUCCCUCUUCCUCCUCACCUGCCACACAAGCCAUGGGUUUUGGCUGGCUCUACAGACAGCUUCAUCUGGUGGGGACUGUGCUGUACAGCAACCCGCCACUGCUGUUGGACCUGGUGAAGAACAGUUGUGAUGUCUUCAUCCCACUGGACCGGUUGGGGAUUUACCCUACAGGUCCAGGCUUUGUCGGGGCUUGUGGCCUGGCCUCGUCCGUCCUGUCCAUCCUCACCAUGGUUCACCCCUGGCUCAAGCUCAAGCCAUAAAUUGUAAGACUUGGAGGAGAUAUUCAUUUGAGGACUAGUAAGGAUUGAGAAAGAUCUACUCGGGUUAACAAAAUGUAUUUUCCCCCGAUUCUACACAAAGCAGUCCUGACUGCAGGAGCCGUAGUACUGCCACCAUGCUGUGUGAUCGAGUUCCUUCAGAUCUCUUGCUACAGAAAAGCUGAGGAGUUUCUAAAAUGCUAAACCAGUUUCACAUAUUAUUUCAGACCUGCAUGAACACGGUUGUUUGGCCUUAGAUCACAUUGCUGCUUUAAAGCCCUCGCUUCCCUCAUGUGAAGUAAACCGUGUUAGUUGCUGCCGUUCUGCACAUAACCAUCACAUCUCCAGCUGUCUAUGACCGUGUCUGUAACAGAGUGUAAUCAAGGCAGUACUGUCUGUUGAUAUCACAGAACGUGUGAUUUCUGCCCUCUGUGUUUAAAGUUUUUACAUCAUGUGAUUUUACCGCCCGCUCUCAGCAAGUUUGUGUUUUAGAUAUUCUGUUUUUGAACUACUAAGUGACUUAACUACUGGAGAAAUAAAUCCAAAGGAAUUUGA